GGUUGUUACGCCAAGGCGUGUCCUGUGUGGACGCAGCAGGUUCUGGUUACACACGAGGCACACGAAGCUUGAUAUUGCACAGACCAAGCACAAGCCUCCACACUUCCCUGCUACAGUGGUCCAGUGGCUGACCACCUUUUACCAGUCUUCAGGGAGCAUUUCUCUGGAAGAGCGUCACCAUGCCUAAAGUCUUAGUGCCAGAGGGAGGUCCACAGAAGACCGAUGACAAGAUGCGAGCCUUCGCGGAGGAGGUCUUUGCGUCUGAGACCAAAGAUGAGAACGUCCGCGAUGAGAUCUCCAUGUUCGACGUGGCUGAAGACUGUCCCAUUAUCCACAAUGAGAUGGCCCACCAUCUGCACACUGAGGAUAAUGCUGCGAAACGUAAGAGGCUCCAGCGUUCUCGCACCAUUGCCUUGCCCACAGGUAAUGCAAAGGCAGCUGCUACCCCUGUAGUGUCAGUGGAAGUGGGGACGCCCACCUACCUGGAAGUGCCCGACUUCCAGAGGGUGGCCAUCAUUGGAGACUAUGCCUCUGGGGUGACCAUGGAUGACUUUGAGCUGUCCUGUAAGGGUCUGUACCGCGCCUUGACCAUCAGGGAGAAGUACAUGAGGCUGGCCUAUCAGCGCUUCCCAUGCACGGCCUCCCAGUACCUGCGUGAAAUCGAGGGGGAGACCUUCAAACCAGAUGAACAGGUGCACCCAGUCUUCACUCCGCUCCCCAAGAAUGGAGAGGACCCCUUUGAUACAAAGGACCUGCCAAAGAAUCUUGGCUACGUUGCUCGUAUGAAGGACGGCGUCAUCUACGUGUACAAUGACGCCGCCGCUGCAGACAAACACCAGCCCAAAGACCUGCCAUGCCCCGACUACAACACCUUCAUCGACGACAUGAACUUCCUCAUCGCUCUCAUUGCGCAGGGCCCGACGAAGACUUACACUCACCGCCGCCUCAAGUUCCUCAUGUCCAAGUUCAACGUGCAUGAGAUGUUGAAUGAGAUGGAGGAGAUGAAGGAGCUGAAGUUGAACCCCCACAGGGACUUCUACAACUGUAGGAAGGUUGACACCCACAUCCACGCUGCCGCCUGCAUGAACCAGAAGCACCUGCUGCGCUUCAUCAAGAAGUCUUAUCGCGUGGACGCCGAGCGCGUCGUGCACAAGCUCAAAGGCAAGGAGGUCACCAUGAAGGAGCUCUUCGAGUCCCUCAACCUGCACCCCUAUGACCUCACUGUGGACUCUCUGGACGUGCACGCUGGGAGACAAACCUUCCAGCGUUUCGAUAAGUUCAACGCCAAGUACAACCCUGUGGGAGCCAGCGAGCUGCGUGACCUGUACAUGAAGACGGAGAACCACAUCAAUGGAGAGUACUUUGCCACCAUCAUCAAGGAAGUAGCCAGUGACCUGGAGGAUGCCAAGUACCAGUUUGCUGAGCCUCGUCUCUCCAUCUAUGGCUGCAAGCCCGAUGAGUGGAGCAAGCUCUCCGGCUGGUUUGUCAGGCACAGAGUCUUCUCCCCCAACCUCAAGUGGAUGAUUCAAGUGCCCAGGAUCUAUGACAUCUUCAGAGGCAGGAACUUCGUGCCCCAUUUUGGCAAGAUGUUGGAGAACAUUUUCCUCCCUGUGUUCCAGGCCACCAUCGACCCGCAGUCCAACCCCGAGCUCAGCAUCUUCCUCAAGCAUGUGACAGGUUUCGACAGUGUGGACGAUGAGUCCAAGCACAGCGGCCACAUGUUCUGCACCAAGAGCCCCAAACCAGAGGAGUGGGACAUCGUCAAGAACCCCUCCUACACCUACUACAUUUACUACAUGUAUGCAAACAUCACUGUGCUCAACCAGCUCCGCAAACAGAGGGGGUUGAACACAUUCAUGUUCAGGCCUCACUGCGGCGAGGCUGGAGCCAUCACCCAUCUGCUGGCUUCCUUCAUGACCGCUGACAACAUCUCUCACGGCCUCAACCUCAAGAAGAGCCCUGUGCUGCAGUACCUGUACUUCCUGACCCAGAUCCCAAUCGCCAUGUCCCCUCUGAGCAACAACAGCCUGUUCCUGGAGUACGCCAAGAACCCACUGCUGGAGUUCCACAAGAAAGGCCUGGUCGUGUCUCUGUCCACCGACGACCCCAUGCAGUUCCAUUACACCAAGGAGCCCCUCAUGGAGGAGUACGCCAUCGCUGCCCAGGUCUUCAAGCUCAGCACCUGCGACAUGUGUGAGAUCUCCAGGAGCAGCGUGCUGCAGAGCAGCUUGUCUCAUGAGGAGAAGAUCCAUUACCUGGGUCAGGACUACCUGAAGGAGGGUCCGGAGGGCAACGACAUCCGCAAGACCAACGUGGCCCAGAUCCGUAUGGCGUACCGCUAUGAGACCCUGUGCUAUGAGCUCAACCUCAUCAAGGAAGGCCUGAAGACUGAAUAAACAAAAUCACAUCUGACAGAUGUAGAAAUGUUUCUAAAUUAGUUUUUCCACAGCAACACUUAAUCCAGCUAAGAAAGUGACCUUCUAACUCAUUGAUGUUCUUUCCUUUGGAAGAAGAAACUGGUCUUCACUGUGGGUUAGGGUCAUCUACAUGUUUGUCUAGGUGUCUUGUACAUCACAGUAUGACUAUUGUGUGAGGGGAAACAUCAUGUAUUAGAAAGAAAGGAAAUAAAAUGUGAAAAACACACA